CCAUCCCAAAUGGAUGUUUUCCGAAUGAAAACUUAAGAAUUAAGAUGAGUUAGAACCUGAAAGUAACUGCAAAUUAGUCAUAUAAAGUAUAGCGUCUAGGUCACAUAAAGAUAGAGUGAGUAGAAAUGCCACCUAAACGAAAACGCGGUGGUGGAGCUAAAAACGUAACAAAAUCGUCCCCAACGAAAUCACCAGUACAAAACCUCCCUAAAAGAGUCGAAACCAAAAAAGAGUUUGUGCCAAAAUUUACGGAGAUUAUUACUCGAUCUAAAAGACGCGGAAAAAUAGAUACAACGGACGUUGAUUCUACUAAUGAGACUAAUGAUACUUCUUUAGAAGCUAACAUCCAACCGAAAUUAGAUGAGGUUAACCCAACAAAUCUUGAUGAUUCUACAAUUUCUGAAGAAAACUGUUCUGAAAAAAGUGAACUAUCUCAAGAAGAGAACAAAACUGUGGAAUCUAAAGAUGUUUCAAUAAUUAUGGAUAUUGAUGAUAGUCAAGAUGAAUCUGUUAAUGAAGAUGAACAAGAAGCUAUAAUUUCGAAACAAUUAUCGAAUUUAGAGUUUGAAAUGUCGAAUGUUAAAGUAGUAAAAAGCCAAUCUCUUGAAAAUGAAGAUGAAGAAAUGAAUGAAGAAAAAGAAACUGUGGAGUAUAUUGAUAGUCUAGGCUCUGAAAUAAUUAUUGAAUGUGUUUCUGAUGAUGUUAUCCCUAUAGCUGGAGAGCAAGAAGUUUGUUUAGAAAGUGAUGCUGAAGUGGAGGAAAUUAAAUUUGGAAUUGGGGAUGUAGAAGGGCACAAUAUAGAGGAUGGUGAAGUCCAUGAAGGAGUGGAUGAGGAUUUAGAAGAAGAUGUACAUCAAGAAAUAGAAGAACCAAUCCCAGAAGAGGAAAUAGAAGAAGAAAAUCAAGGAAGUGAAGAAAUUGAAGAAGAUGUUUCAGAGGAGGCUGAAAUUCCAGUAAAAAGUGAGGAGAAAAUCCAACCAGAAAUUGAUCAAAAUGAAUUUGAAGGAACUGAUGGUAAUCUGAAGAAUGUUGAUUUCAAAGAAGAGGAAAUAGAUUAUUUAAAAUCUCAAGAAAUAAAAAAAGUUGCUGAAAAUAUGGGGGAAAAUGAGGAACCAAAUAAAGAAGAUAUUCCAAGGAGUAUUGAAGAUAACUUAAAAGAAUUGGGCUUAAAAGAGGAGAGUACAGAAAUAGAAGAUAUUGAGGGUAAACCCCGUGAAGAAUAUAAUAAAGAAUAUAUAAAAUGGUUGGAUGCUAUGAAAAAUAACAUGGAUAUAGACCUAAUUAGUACUGAAAAAUCUGAAGAAAGUAAAUCUGAAACUACAACUGAAUUUUCACCAGAUACUAAACCCGAUACAAAAUCUAAAUCUGAAAUUAAACAAAAACCACCAAGAUCUAAACCAGGUCCAAAACCAAAAACCAUUUCAAAACCACCCAAAGUUCCAAAACAGCCCAAGAAAAAACAAGAAAAAUUACCACCUAAUUGUAACAGUGAAAGUGUGAGACGAUCAAGUAGAAUUAAAUCAAUACAAACCGUACAAAAACAAAAAUCUUCUAAAGGGCAUGGUGUUGUAAAACAUAAAGAAGAAAGUUUAGAAGAAAUUUCUCCCCCCGUUGAAGAAAAACCAAUUCCGGAGCCUCCGCCGAAAUUUGUUGUUCCACAAGAACCCCAAAAACCGGUGAAGGUUAAAUCUCGUUGGAGACGUUCGAGCGAAUUGGAACUCGGUUCGAAUUUAAAUUCGAAACCAAAUUUGGUAAUGGAACAACCUGUGUGUGAACCAAAAUUGGAUGCGAAUGAAAUAUUGAAGAAAAAUGCCGAAGAAGUGCAAAGAAGAUUAAAACAAUUUAUACAUUUAAAGGAAAAUUUGUAUUUGACGGAACGGAUUAGUUGUAAAGAGGCGAAAAAAAUGACUUGUGAUUGUUUUUUGACUGAAGAAGAAAUUACUAGUGGUGAAUAUGGUUGUGGGGAAGAUUGUUUAAAUAGAUUACUUAUGAUUGAAUGUGGAGGUCUAUGUGCUGUUGGGGAUAGGUGUACAAACAAAAAGUUUCAAAAAGGCGAAUUUGCUCCCUGUGAAGUAUUUUGUACAGAAAAAAAGGGAUUGGGUAUUCGAGCAGCUGCCAAUAUUCCUUAUGGCGAAUUUAUCUUGGAAUAUGUUGGAGAAGUUCUCGACCCAGAAGAAUUCGAAAAACGUGCCACGGAAUAUUCCACAGAUAAAAACCAACAUUACUAUUUUAUGGCUUUAAGAGCAGACGCUGUAAUCGACGCCACACAAAAAGGAAACAUCUCUAGAUUUAUAAAUCAUUCAUGCGAUCCAAAUGCAGAAACCCAAAAAUGGACCGUCAAUGGAGAAUUACGAAUUGGUUUUUACAGCAAAAGAACCAUUCUUGCUGGUGAAGAAAUUACGUUCGAUUAUCAAUUUCAAAGAUAUGGAAAAGAAGCUCAAAAAUGUUUUUGUGAAGCUUCAACAUGUCGGGGAUGGUUGGGUGAAGAGCCUGAUGAUGAUGAUGAAGACGACGAGGAAGAAGAUGAGGAAGAUGAAGAAGAUGACGAUCAAGAUACGAAAUCUGCGAUAAAAGAUAAUGAAAAAACUGAAGAAGUUGAGAAAUUAGAAGAGGAAAAAGCUGAAAUAUCUGGAGAAUCUGAUCAAAUUGUAAAAGAAGAAAAAGUUGUAAAGAAAAAAGAGAAAAAGAAGGUACUAAGACCUAGAAGAUUACCAAGAAAAGAUAUCUUUGAAGAUGCAGAUUUGGAUGAAGAAAUUGAAAAUUUAACAACAACCGGGUUAAAAAAUCAGGCGCAAACACUGAAAUUAAGCAGGUUGAUGGUAAGGGCAAAAGAACCAGGACAAAGAACGAAGUUACUGCGAGUUUUACGUCAUGGAGAAUUUCCAUGUCGUCGUUUAUUCUUGGAUUAUCACGGUCUUAGACUUAUACACGGUUGGAUGACUGAUGCUCAACACAUGGUCAAAGAAAAUAAAAAAUUGGAAUCUCAACGAUUAGAAAUACUUCAAACUCUAGCAACUCUUCCAAUUCCAAAUAAAACAAUGUUACAAGACAGUAAAGUUCUUCCCACCGUUCAACGAUGGUCCAAAAAAAUGGACGAAGGUGCAACUUUAGAUUCUGAUAGUAACUCGCCUAAACUUGAAACAGAAAAUGAAAUAAAAAUAGAAACAAAACCAGAUUUUGUUAAUAUUUCGGAAGUAGUUAAAUCUGUAAAUGAAAAUAUGGAGGUGUCUCCUGUUACAUUUACUGAAGAUAAAGAUGGCGAAACUAAAACUUUAGUCCCAACUGAAGAACCACUUCCAGAUUACGAAGUUGAAAUUGUUGCAUUAGGGUUGAAAUUAUUAGAUGAAUGGUCUGUUUUGAAAGAAGUUUUUAGAAUCCCAAAAAAGGAAAGAAUUGAACAGAUGAAAGAACAUGAAAGGGAAGCUGAUAGAAAAUACAAAGCAGGGUUGGGAUUAGAGCAAGAUUUAGAGAAAAAAUAUGAAAGCAGAUACGGAACUAUUUUUAAAAGGAAAAAGAAAAUAUUUACCACCUCUGAUUCUAAAACCAAAGACGAUCAAAUGACGGUACUUGAAAAAUACCAUAGGAGAAAAUUAUUUGCACUUCAAGUAGAACAACAAGAACUUGAAAGACGAAGAAACCAACAAGAAAUAUGGAGGCAACACGAACAAAGAUGUAUGACCAUGGGAACAGAUCCUAAAUUUACCGCGCCAUUUGAUCCUAAUCAAGGAUUAAGAAAUACCAUGAUUUGGAAUCCACAAAUAAGUCAAUGGCAAAACUAUCCAAUACCAAAUACAACACCUACAAACGUGUAUUAUCCGGGAGUGAAUCAAAAUGUGAUUCCAAAUCAAAUGCCUCCUCAAACAAAUUUACCCGUUUUUCCAGGAGGUCAAAUUCCGUUAAAUAAACUUGUACAAACUCCACCACCAAAUAUACAAAAUAAAUCUAUGUAUCAACAACAGCAACAACAACAACCGCCUCAAAUAAUGCAGUAUCGACCAGUUUUUCCUACUCAACCUAUACCAUAUCAACAACCAGAUUUAGGCGGUUAUCAAGUUGGACAAAACGGAAAAAUGAUUCAACCCCAUAUGGUUGUAAGCAAACCACCUUUACCUACUUUACCAUAUCAAGAAAAUCUUAUUGGACAAGAUGACCCAUCACAAGUCAAAUUUAUGGGUCCUAUACCUCCACCAGUAAAACUCCCACCAAAAUGGAAAUGUGUUAAAGAUAAAUAUGGCAGACCUUAUUAUUAUCAUAUUCAUAUAAGAAAACCUCAAUGGGAACCACCGGAAUUAGUAGCUGAAGAUCCCGAAGAAUCUUCCGAAACUUCAAGUUCUGAUACAAGUAGUCUAAGUUCAGACUCAUCAAGUGAAGAAACCGAUAGCGACGAUGAAAUCGACGAUGCUCGCCUUAUGCUUCAAAUCAAGAACAAAUUCAAAAUGAUGGAAGCGAAUAAAGCUCAAGAUCAGACUGGAGAUGUUGAAAUGCAAGGUGAUAGUAAACCUGGGAAAGAAGGAAAAUCUUUGGAUAGUAGACUUUUGGAGGAAAUUUUGAAAGAUGAUGCUCCUGUACAAGCUAAAAAAAGAAGAGCUGGAUUAGUAACAGAAAUAUUAAUAAGUCCUAGAACAGAAGAAGAUAAACUUCAAUUCAAAGAAGAUGUCAAACGUUAUAAAGCAAAUAAAGAAAAAUUGAAACAACAAAAAGAAAUGUUGGAGUUAUCAAAAAGACAACUUGCAAAUAAAUCAUCGGGUAAAUCGGCUUCUUCGAAACCACAGAAAAAGCAAAAGUCUUCAGUUAAAGCUAAAUUAAAAGAGAUGGGGGAUAACGAGUCUGUAAAAAAAAUAAAGGAAAGUUUUCGUUCGAAUAUGGCCGUUAUUAUGGUUUCUAUUUUAAAUCCAUACAGAAAAUCGGAUUGUAAAGAAGGAAGGAUUACUAAUACCGAUGAUUUUAAACAUCUUGCAAGAAAGUUAACACACUUUGUAAUGUUAAAAGAGUUAAAACACUGCCAAAAUAUUGAUGAUUUAACAGUGACAGAGAGUGUUAAGUCGAAAGCGAAAGAAUUUGUGAGAAAAUACAUGUCAAAGUUUGGAGAAAUGUACCAAAAACCAAAGGACGACCCGGAGUUUUAAAGGAAAGUAAUAAAUACUCCGUCAUCUCCACAUCUGUGAUAUAAUUUAGGACGUUUAACUAAAGAUAAAAAAACAUGUUUCUCGUGUUUUUAAUAGGAAAAAAGUAGACAAUUUUAGUUUGUUGUGCUGGAAACUUUUAUGAUUGCAUGUUCGGAAUAUGAUACAAGAUGAUUUUUGCCCAAAAAUCAUAUUGUCAUUUCCGAGGUUGGUAUGAUUUAGAUUUAGGUACUUUUUGUAAUAAUAAAGUAAUAACUAAUAAAUAUUUUUUGGUGUAA